AUGUAAAUUACUUAAACCCAGUUAUUAGAAUGGGUUAAGGAUGGAGAUAUUAAUACUUUGAAGAAACAUUUUGAAGACUAACUGAAGUUUGUGCAUUAAAAAUUGUAGGGAUUUUUUAAAAUGGUUGAUGAUUAGAAUAGAAGUGUGGUUCAUUGGGCAGCCUAUUUAGGUUAAUUUAAAUUGCUGAAAUGGUGGUGUAAAGAAUAUAAAGAUCUUAUUGAUUUGAAUAAGGGUGAUUUACAUUUAUAUACUCCACUGGAACUAGCUAGUAUCAAAGGAUAUUCUGGAGAAUACAAUUCGGAAAAUUAAGAGAAAACAAUAAGGUUGCUGGUCGAAAAUGGCGCGUAAAUACCUUGUUAAUGUUGUUACAAGCCAAAUUCAUUGCAUUGGGCUUGUUACUAUGGCAAUAAAGAAUUAGUGGAUUUUUUGAUCGCAGAAAAUUUCAAUUUGUAAUUGGAAACAGAGUAAUAAGGAAAUUUUCCCAUUGAUUAUUUGUUUUUAGACAAUAAGCCAGAGUAAUAUAAGAAAGACGUUUGGGAUAUCUUCUAAAAUGUUGUAAUUAACUAUGCAUAGGUGACUUCAAAAGAAGAAUUGAAGAGGAAAUAAAAAAAAAGAAAAUAGCGUAAAGGACAGACGACAAUCACAUCUUAAAUUCCAUUCAUAUAAGUGAAUAAAGAUGAUGAGGAGGAAUCAUCUCCUGAAUCAGAACCAUCUAGAUAUGAAAUACCUUGUUUAAAUAUCUCAAAUAUUAAUCGAAGUUAUGCUUCAAUUUCAUAGAUAUCUAAAAAUACAAAUUUCAAAAGCCUUUAAAAAACGCCUAAUAAUUAAUAUGUCGUAAAAUCCUAACCAAAAACAGGAUGCUAAAGAAUUUAAUAGAAGUUUUUAGAAGAGAUUGCUGACAUUCCAUUAUUUGAUGACUCACAUAAUGAAAUGAAGGAACCAGAGGAAGAAAAGAUACCUGAAAUAAGAGUAUUUAACUCUAGGAAUACUAAUAAUAGUAAAAUAUUCACAGAAGCAAAUUAAGAUGACUUACUUCAUGUUCAACAAUACACUUCAAAUAAUAAUCAAUUGACAUUAAUAGAACCAAAUUUUGAGUUACCUUAACCAAAACGAUAACAUCACAAGGGUAAAAAAUAAAAAACUACAAUAAUAUUUAAUAACGAUGAUGACUUAGAAAAUGGAACAAAGGAAAAAUAUUUGAUAUUCAAUAGCAAAGCCGAUUUGACUAUUCAUUAAAAAUAUGAAUGUCGACUUUAAUAUUGGUCAUCCAGAUAAGGGAUACAAGAAUUCUUUAUUUAUUUUCUCAAAAGAAAAUGCAAUCCUUUUCUCAAUAUUUAUUAAGGAUUCAACUGUUUACACAUUGCAGCAUACAAAGGAAAACCCAAAAUGAUAAAAACGAUUCUUGAAAAUGACUACGAAUAUUAUGAUAGUUCAGAAGGUGCAAACAGUAAAGCUAAAAAGAAACUCAAAAAUGUGAAAUUUUAUAAAUAUAAGAAAGAAUGCAUCAACAUUCUCACUGAUUAAAAUCCAUCUAAUGCUCUUCAUUUAGCUAUUGAAUAAGAAAAAUAUCAUUGCAUGAAAACAUUAAUAUCUCAUGGAAUAUCAGUGGAUGCUGUUAAUAGUAGGUGCUUAAAACCAUUUGAAUUAACCUAUAAUUCAAAAUUUAUGGAAUUCUACGAAGAAAAUAUCUAAGUUAAGUAAGAAAUAAAAAGCUUGGCAGAACUAGGAUAUUAAUAUGUAAUUUAGACAAAAGGAACCUCAAGUGUGGGAUAGGAUAUAGUGUUUUUGUAAUUACAAAAUAUUGGAUAAACCUUUAAAGAAAGGGGGUGGAAUUUUGAAUUUUUGAUUUUUCAUGCUCCUAAUCUGGAUGAAUUGGAAUUGUAUAAAGAAAAUGUGCAUAAUAAAAGAGUUCGACCAUUAUACCACUACUAUGUAUUGAAAUUACCUCCAGAUUCAAUUUACAGAUUGGCGGAUCUCUAUUAGAUAUCUUGUUAUAAUUUUCAAACCAAAUGUAUAUGUUAAUUCAAAUAUGAGAAGAGCAGGUUUUUUGAAUUUCCUAAGGAUUUACAAGUUUAAAUGCUGAUCUUAAAAACUUUGAACGAUGAAUUUGAUGUUGAAAAAUUCGUAUUGGAAUAAUUAAUUAUAUCUCAUUUCCCAUUAGAAGAUAAAAAAAAAUGUGAAAGAAUUACUCAAUUUUGGAAUGAACAGCAAAACAAUUGCAUUCGCGAUUCUUUAAGAUAUGAAACAUAAUAAAUAGCUCUAAGGCCAUUGCAUGCAAUAUCAUCAUAUUUUGGUCCAGUCAUUGCAUGGUACAUAGCACUGAAUGUUCAAAUAAUAGGUUGGUUGAUGAUUCCUUCUCUUUUGGGAGCAGCUUUGGGAAUUUAUAUAAUAAUUAUUGAAUAAGUAAAUUCAUCCAUCGUGCCAUUCUAUGCGUUGUUGAUGACACUAUGGUAAACGCUAUUCAUGGAAAAGUGGAAGAAUAGGGAAUCAGAGUUGAAAUUUUGUUGGGACAUGCAUAAAUUCAAACAGACUCAACCACAAAGAGUUAUGUAUACAGGAUAAUAUAUUAUUGAUUAAGCAACCAAUAAAAUUUAAAUCUAUGAUUAUUUCACUACUUUUAAAAGAAGAUUAAUAGCGGAGGGGCCUGUAAUUUUAAUAGGGAUUGCAAUAAUCGUAUUGAGUUUCUAUGCUUUUAAUAUUUGGCUAAAAGAAAACACGAAUGAUCCUUUCAUGACAAUAGUUAUUAAUUCUUUGAAUGGAGUUUCUAUGACUGUGUUUUGUGAUUUAUAUAAGAGACUAUGUAAAUCAUUGGUGACUUGGGAAAACCAUAUGUAUGAAACAGAAUAGGAAUAUUCUUACAUUUUAAAAGUUUUCCUGUUUGAAUUUCUUAUAUCUUAUGUUUCAGUUGUUUAUGUGGCUAUAUUUGAAAGCGAUGCAAACUCAUUAAGUGUAUCAGUUGCAAGUAUAAUCAUAACAAGAGGGGUAAUUUCAAAUGUAAAAAGUAAUUUAUUACCCUUUGCAAUAUUUAAAUUAGAAAAGCGAUCAUUUACAAAAUUAUUUUCUUAGUUCAAAUUAAUAUUCUCAAGAAAAAUAUAGGAAAAAAAGAAUAUACCAAAAAUCUGUAACUAAGUAUUCUCAACAGAGAAGUUAAACCAUGAUUAAUAACUAUUGUUCUUGUAAGAGUUAGAAAUGAGUAGGAUAAAAGGCCCGUAAAAAGUCUUAUAUGAUGAAUACACUAAUAUUGCUAUAUAAUUUGGAUACACAACAAUGUUUGCUCCAACAUUCCCAGCGGCUCCCAUAUUUUUCAUGAUAAAUUGUUAUAUCAAUUUAAGAUCAUCAAUAUAUAAUUACUAACACAUUUUAAAAAGGGAGAGAGCUUAGGCUGCUGAUUCAAUUGGUAUUUGGUUAUAUAUAUUUGAAAUAAUGAAUUAUUCCUCUACUUUCAUGAAUUGCAUUGUUAUUGGGACUGUAAAUAAAGAACAAUUUAAAGGUAUCAUUGGAAAUUAGGAUGCCUUGUAUAGUGCGUUUUUUUUGGCUGCAGUAGAACACAUAUUAUUAUUAAUUAAAUAUAUAUUAGAUGUUUCAAUUCCUGACUGUCCUUAUUGGGUGGAAAAAGAAUUAAGAAGAUAAUAACAUCUAGAAUUAAACGAUUAAUAGAUGAAUAAAUGA